GAAGGUGGCGGUAAUGCAGCAACGAGCUGGAUACCAACCGCCAUAAAACACAAAAAGAAGUUGCACAACAACAUAAGACCAGGAGGCUUAUUUUAUUAAAGAUAUGUGUUUAUUCUUUUGAAUCAAAUCAAAGUUGUGCUAGGAUAUUUAAGUUAUAUUAGUAUUAGUUACAUUAGAACGAGUUAUGCAAACAGCGUGCAGCUAUGAAAUGAAGAUCAUUGAGAUUUAUUUACGAAACCAGAAAUUUACCACAAAAUAAAAGUGACUUAAGCAGAAUGCAGUGUGUGAAGGUGAAGGUGGAGAUAAAUGUGCUGCUCGUGGCAGUGACUGCUCUUGCGCUCUUCACGAGACUUUAUGACAUUCAGUUUCCUAAAGCUGUAGUGUUUGAUGAAGUCUUUUAUGGGCAGUUCUUAUCUCUAUACAUGAAACGAGUGCAUUUUAUUGACGAAAGUGCUCCACCUUUUGGCCACAUGAUAUUAGCUUUAGGAGGUUAUUUAGGAGGAUUUGAUGGCAACUUUGUUUGGAAUAGAAUUGGAGCAGAAUACAGCAGUAAUGUUCCUGUUUGGAGCCUACGGAUUAUUCCUGCCAUUGCAGGCUCGUUGUGUUUACCACUGAGUUAUCUUCUGGUGCUGGAGCUGAGAUAUAAACAUCUCACAGCAUUAGGAGCCUCGGUGCUCCUCCUCACGGAAAAUUCCCUGAUUGUGCAGUCACGUUUCAUGUUGCUGGAUUCUGUUUUGAUCUUUUUUUUGCUGCUAGCUGUGCUGUCAUACCUCCGCUUUUACAAAGCACACGAUUCAUGGUUCAGGUGGUUUUGGCUGGUGAUAUCUGGGGUCAGUUGUGCAUGUGCAGUCGGAGUAAAGUACAUGGGUAUGUUCACAUACUUUCUACUGCUCGCUCUAGCAGUUGUACACAUCUGGCAACUUCUUGGAGAUCGAACAUUAAGCAAUGCCAAAGUAGCAGCUGAGGUGUUGGUUCGUUUCCUUGCCCUUGUGGUUUUACCCGUCGUCGUGUACCUCGGCUUUUUCUACGUUCAUCUAACCCUGCUUUACCGCAGUGGACCACACGAUCAGAUGAUGAGCAGUGCUUUUCAAGCAAGCCUGGAGGGUGGUCUGGCCAGGAUCACUCAUGGGCAGCCUUUGGAGAUAGCAUUCGGUUCCCAGGUUACUCUCCGCACUUUGUCCGGCAAACCCGUACCAUGUUGGCUUCAUUCCCACAAGGCUAACUAUCCGGUUAGGUAUGAAAAUGGACGCGGCAGCUCGCACCAACAGCAAGUGACCUGCUAUCCUUUCAAAGAUGUAAACAACUGGUGGAUUAUUAAGGACCCUGGCCGCCACAGUCUGGUGGUAAACAGCCCUCCCAAACCGGUCAGACACGGCGAUGUUAUUCAGUUGGUACACGGGAUGACAUCUCGCUACCUCAACACACAUGAUGUUGCUGCACCCAUGAGCCCUCACCUACAGGAAGUGUCUGCUUAUAUUGAUUUUAAUGUGUCUAUGCUGGCUCAGAAUCUAUGGAGAGUGGACGUCACCAACAGAGAGUCGGAUAGAGAAAUCUGGAAGACGAUUUUAUCAGAGGUGCGAUUUGUUCAUGUCAACACUUCAGCUGUUCUCAAGCUCAGUGGCGUCUCUCUGCCCGAGUGGGGUUUCAAACAGCUGGAGGUGGUCGGAGAUAAGAUUAAUAAAGCCUACCAGCAGACGGGCGUCUGGAACGUGGAGGAGCAUCGCUAUGGAAGAAGUCAGGAACAGAUGGAGAGGGAGUUGGAGCUGAAAUCACCUACUCACAGUGACAUCACAAAAAACCUCACUUUCAUGGCCAAAUUUCUUGAGCUGCAGUGGAAGAUGCUGACAGUGAAGAAUGAAGAGUCUGAGCACAAGUACAGCUCAUCACCUCUUGAAUGGAUUACCUUGGAUACAAACAUUGCAUACUGGCUUCAUCCUUCAACUAAUGCACAAAUUCAAUUGAUCGGUAAUCUUGUUACUUGGACCACAGGAAACAUUGCACUGGCAGUUUACUCUCUUUUGCUCUUAAUCUACUUAUUGAGGCGACGAAGAAAAGUCCUGGACAUUUCUGAAGACUCAUGGGAGCAGCUGGUUUUGGCGGGUGUAGUGACUAUCGGAGGCUGGUCGGUUAAUUACGUGCCGUUCUUUCUAAUGGAGAAGACUUUGUUUCUGUACCACUAUCUUCCAGCCCUUACCUUCAAGGUCUUGCAGAUACCUAUAGUUGUCGAGCAUCUGUACACUCACGUAUUGAGAUCCUCGGCUCAACAGAAGUCAUUUGUUGGUGUUAUUCUGGCAGUCCUUACUUCAAUAUUUGUGUGCCACCGCAACUUGAGUCCUCUUACUUACGGUCAGCCUGCACUGACCUCAGAUCAGCUGACUGCACUAUGUUGGAAAGAGAGCUGGGAUCUUCUUCUUCGCAGACGCUGAAACUUCCCUCAUUUCCGAAAGAAUAGGACAUUCAGUCUUUGUUACAAAAUUCGGGUCUUUUAGGGUCUUGUUACCCCAAACAUAAAAAUGUAAAGAACUUCUCUACAAUGAAAACUCUGCUGCUGCUCAGUAAAAAAUCAACUAUUUUUGUAAAAUCACAUGUGGGAUUUUAUAAUGUAUAGUAACGUCACCUGCUGCCAUUAUGUGACACAUUCAUAUUGAUGCUUCAUUGUGGUUUCUUCAGAAUCCAUUCUGGGAAACUUGGCUGUCCACACAAGUCACAUUUGUUUAUCUUUAUGAUACAGUUUGCCAUCUCUGAGCUGCUCAAACAAACAACUCUUUGUUUACGUCAUAUGUCUGCCUGUCCUUCAUCUCUGUUUUGUAGUUUGUCAAGUUGUAGUCCUGCGUCUGUGGCCCCGCCCUUAUUGUGUUCACCUGUUUUGUUUCACUAAUGAGUAUCACUACGUUUCUUGUGUAACAGAUGUCUCCUUUGGGGCUCCUCCGUUACGGUUAUAUUAAAAACUUUUUUGCUUAUGAUGACAUUUGUGUGAAAGUCAAACUACAAAUAGACUAUUGACCAUUGAGCCUCAAGUAAAAUAUAAGAGGUAAACCUUUUCUUACUUUAUUCAGUGCUAAAAAUCAACGUGAUCUCUUCGGUGUUUACCCUUCAGAUUUGCAGCAGAUUGCUGUGAUUAUAAAAGACUAUCACACGUUUAAUAAUGAGGAGACGCCUUUCUAAACCUCAUAUACUGAACCUCACAACUGUAGAUGUAAAGUGUCACAAACUACAUCGAAAUGCUUGAUUGGUCCCUGUGUUCAGAUCAUUUAGUUUUUAUGUAUUUCAUCUAAUAUGGACCCAAACCUAAAUUUAAGUUGUUUACACAAACAUAUGUGUGACCCAGUCCUUUAAUAUAUGUACAGUAAGUAUAACUCCACAUAAAAGUAAACAUUAUUUGUUUUA